AUGGAUGGCGGAUCUAGCGGGGGAUCAGGGGGUUCAACUGAUGAAAGUGAGGAUUCAAGUAAUAUAGGGAACUUUCUAGAACUUUUAGAAUGGCUUGCUUAUAAUAAUGAUGAUGUUAAGCAGGUUGUAUUAACUAGUGCUCCCGGAAACAAUCAAAUGAUUGCUCCAUCCAUCCAAAAAGACCUUAUAAACUCUUGUGCCAAAGAGACCACUAGGCUACUUAUAGAAGAUCUUAAUGGUGACUACUUUGGUAUACUAGCUGACGAGUCUAGUGAUGUGUCUCAAAAAGAACAAAUGGCCCUUUGUUUGCGUUAUGUGAAUAAAAAAGGUGGGAUAGGUGAAAGAGUUCGUGGACAAGGUUAUGACGGGGCUAGUAACAUGAGGGGUGAGAUAAAUGGUCUAAAAACUUUGGUCAUGAAUGAUACGAAAGAAGCUUAUUAUGUUCAUUGUUUUGCUCAUCAACUUCAAUCGACUCUUGUUGCUGUUGCUAAAGAAAAUGAUAAUUGUAUUUGGCUUUUUAAACAACUUACAAUGUUGUUGAAUGUGAUUGGAGUAUCUUGUAAGCGAAGGGAAAUGAUCAGAGAAACUCAAUCUCAAGAAGUGCUUGAAGCAUUAGAUUUAGGUGAAAUUGAAAGUGGACAAGGGUUAAACCAAGAGAUGGGUUUGGGUAGGCCGGGUGAUACUCGUUGGGGAUCACAUUAUAAAACUGUUGCGAAUGUCACUUCAUUGUAUUCUACCAUUGUUAAGGUUCUUGAAAAGAUUGGAGCAAAUAAGAUUUACAAAGAGGAUCGUGUCAAAGCUAUCACUAUUAUGGAUACAUUUGAGUCAUUUGAGUUCAUAUUCAUGAUACACUUGAUGUCCAAAAUUUUUGGGAUAACAGAUAAAUUGUGUCAAGCUUUGCAAAGGGGGGAUCAAGAUAUUGUUAAUGCCAUGUCAUUUGUUACCUUGACCAAAGAGAGGUUGCAAAAGAUGAGGGAACAUGGGUGGGAUGACUUUUUAGAUCUUGUCACUUGUUUUUGUGUUAAACAUAACAUUGAUGUUCCUGGUAUGAGUGAUUUGUAUGUUCCCCGUGGGAGAUCAAAGCGCUUCUUUGCUAAAGUUCAAAAUCUUCAUCGCUUUCGAAUUGAGAUGUUUUUAAGUGUUAUCGAUUUACAACUUCAAGAGCUUAAUAAUAGAUUUGAUGAGGCAAAUAUGGAGUUGCUUGUUUGUAUGGCUUGCUUGAAUCCUAUAUAUCAAUUCUUUUGCUGCAUUUGA